AUGAUAAAUCUACUAGCUGUUACGUUUCUUGUGUGGGUUGGGGUCAAGUUUAUAUAUCGCCUCCACUGGCAUCCCCUGUGCCACAUACCUGGACCAAAAUGCGCCGCAAUCAGUCAUCUUUAUGAAUUCUAUUACGAUGUCGUCAAAGGCGGAACUUACCUGUUUGAGGUUCAGAAGAUGCAUCGGAAAUAUGGUGAGCCAUCACGGUGUUUUAGACCUGAAAUCAUCACCCAAGCUAAUGUCGGUCGCUUUAUGACAGGCCCUAUAGUGCGUAUCAACCCACGAGAAGUUCAUAUCGCGGAUCCAGAUUUCUAUGACGAUAUAUACUCGUCGGCAGCGAGAACAAGAUGGAAAGACCCGAAGCAGGUCCCCAUGAUCGGCGCGCCAUUUUCCAUGGGUGCAACAUGGCAUCACGACCAUCAUAAAUUUCGCCGUGGCCUUAUCAAGAAUCACUUUUCACGCCAGUCCAUCAACAGGAUUUCCCCGAAAAUCCGUCAGAAAGUGGAUAAAUUUUGUGAUCGUCUCGAAGAAGCCUCGAAAAGUGCUCGUCCGGUCAACAUGAGCGACGCCUUUGCCGCUUUGACCUCCGAUAUCAUCGCUGGAUAUGCGUUCGACCUAGAGCUCGAAUUCCUUAGUGAUCCUCAGUUCAAGAACGAUAUCUACCGAUCUGCACUGGAACUAGACAUGCUGUGCCAUGUUCUCAAGUUCUUUCCAUUCAUUUUGAAGCCUGUACGAUGGCUUCCCUCCCAGCUGACUAUCUUCUUGGGGCUACAAAACAAGUCUUUGCGCUCGCUCCAAGACAUAAUCGAUAAGCAGAUAAUUUUGAAAUCUUUUCAAGCUGAUCUUUGUGAGAAAGACGAGAACCGCACGACUGAGAACAUUUUUACCUCACUCUGCAAUCCAAGAGUCCCAGCAGAGGAGCGCACGCUUGACAGGCUGCGAGAUGAAAGUUUGGUGCUUCUCAUUGCUGGCGCUGAAGCCACCGCUCGAGCUCUGGCUGUCUUCGCUUAUUAUGCAGCAAGUGGUUCUAUCUGCCUCAAUAGGCUCCGGAAAGAGCUCCGAGAAGUCUUACCAGAUGCAAAAUCGCAUGCAUCCUGGCCCCAGCUGGAGCAUCUCCCCUAUCUGAAAGGGGUCGUGAACGAAUCACUUCGACUCUCUUUCGGUGCCGUGGGUAGACUAUCUCGCAUGGCGCCAACGGAAGACCUGAAUUACAAAGGCAUCAAAAUUCCGAAGAAGACUCCAAUGAGUUCGUCUGCAUAUUUGAUUCAUAUGAACCCCGACGUGUUCCCAGAACCAGAGCGAUUUUCACCCGACCGAUGGCUCAAAGCUGCCGCGAGUGGGAUCAAUUUAGAACGCUACUUGGUGGCCUUCUCUCGAGGAACCAGGCAAUGUAUCGGAAUCAACUUAGCUCAAUGCCAGCUUCAUUUCACCAUUGCGGCAGUCGCACAGCGAUUUGAUUUCGAUCUUUUUGACACCAAGUUGGAAGAUAUCCAAGUGACCAGAGAUUAUAUCACUGCCUUCCCUCAGGAUGGCCUCUUUGAUGUGAAGUGUACGAUUCGAAGCAGUACAGUGGAAUAUGUGCGAGAGGUAUAUUGA